CUGGAUCCUGCCACAGACUCACUGCACAGGCCCGAGAGCUGAAUUCUGGAAGAUCCCCACAUCGAUGAAAGCAAAGCGGAGCCACCAAGCCGUCGCCAUGUCCACGUCCCUGAGAGUGAGCCCCUCCAUCCACGGCUACCACUUCGACACGGCCUCUCGCAAGAAAGCAGUGGGCAACAUCUUCGAGAAUAUAGACCAAGAGUCCCUGCAGAGGCUCUUCAAGAACUCCGGAGACAAGAAGGCGGAGGAGAGGGCCAGGAUCAUUCUCGCCAUAGAUCAGGAUCUGGAAGAGAAGACGCGAGCCCUGAUGGCGCUCAAGAAGAGGACGAAAGACAAGCUGUUCCAGUUCCUGAAGCUGCGGAAAUACUCCAUCAAGGUGCACUGAGGGCCUGAGCGCGCAGACGGGACACUCAGAGACCAAGUGAGUUUGUGGCAGGCGCAGCCUUGGGGGGUCUGCCUUGCUUCCCUGCUGUCGGGGACCAUCCUGAGGAUGGAAAAGGACGGAGAGCCUGGUGACAGAGACUGGGACCGGCUCCACGCCCUGCGCUGCGGCGCUGGAGAGCCGAAUGCUGGGGGCGAGGACCUGCACGCUCUCCCAGCAGGACAGGGCUGACGCUGUGGACGAGUCUGGACAGACGCAGUGAGAUCUGAAGAUGACAACGCAGCUGGAGAAGGCAUGAAGCCGGGGUCGCUUUGUCAGGCCCUAGGACUCAAAUCCAAACUGAACUUUUCUUUUAUUUUUUAAACAAAGUGGGUAGGGAGCAGGAAGUGGGCAAGAAAACAAGCAUAAAUUGUUUGCUGAAAAUUUUUCUGUUUGCUAAGUGUUUCAGAUGGUGCCGAGCCUCAGUGUUGUCUGUCGGUGUCGGAUUUAAGAGCUGGGUGCUUGAUUAUUUAUUUGCAUUUAGUACAGUGCCUGAAAAAAAAAAAAUGUGUGGCAUGGGUGUUGAGUACAAGGCAAGGAAUUGUACUAAAUUUAGCAGCUCAGUUGAAACCAAACGCCACCUUCUGGUUUGUCAAGGGUUUUUCUGCUUGUCAAACAGGCUGCACAGAAGUUUAAAAUAAUGGGACCCUUUGGAAAUCCAAAGUACUGUGAAAAAAAAUUAUGUUUUUUAAUUUUCUGACUAUUGCUAAAAUACGUUCUAAUUAAAUCUCAUACAGUUAUCACAGUCAGCAUUAGGACGUGAAUACGAUACACUCAAUAGUUUCUAAAGAUGCUAUGGUUUCUAUAAGUUAUUAUACCUGGCAAUUGAUAUACAACCAUAAUAAAUUAUGAUAAACAUA